AUGGAAGCCAAUUCUUCAUCGUCUGCUUUUCCCUCUAUCCUGGCCAGCUCCAAGUAUGGCAGCAUUAAUGUCCCUCCUCAACUGGACAUGGUCCUCGAGGCCGUCAGCACCGCCGGCCCCUGGACAAUUCUUCUGACUCUCCUGGCCAUGUGUGUGGUCUACGACCAAAUUAGCUACAUCAUGAAUAAGGGGUCAAUCGUUGGCCCAGCUUUGAAAAUGCCGUUUAUCGGGCCUUUCUUACAAUCCGUGAAUCCCAAAUUUGAGGAAUACUACGCCAAAUGGGCCAGUGGUCCCCUCAGCUGCGUCUCCGUCUUCCACAAGUUCGUCGUCAUUGCUUCUACCCGAGACAUGGCCCGAAAGGUGCUCAAUUCGCCAAUGUACGUCAAGCCUUGUGUUGUUGACGUCGCCCACAAACUUCUCGGACACGACAAUUGGGUUUUCCUCGAUGGAAAGGCUCACGUCGACUUUCGAAAGGGACUCAACGGCCUCUUUACUCGCAAGGCUCUCGAGUGCUACUUGCCUGGUCAGGAGGAAGUCUACAAGACGUAUUUCCAAAAAUUUCUCGGCAUCACCAAGAAGAACAACGGGAAGCCUGUGCCUUUCAUGCCUCAAUUCCGCGAACUCAUGUGCGCUGUGUCUUGCCGCACCUUUGUUGGCCAUUACAUGUCUGACGCUGCCGUCAAGAAAAUCGCCGAUGACUACUACCUGAUCACUGCCGCUCUCGAGCUUGUCAAUUUCCCCAUAAUUGUUCCUUUCACCAAGACCUGGUAUGGCAAGAAGGCCGCCGACAUGGUUCUUGUCGAGUUCGCCAAAAGCGCUGCCAAGAGCAAGGUUCGUAUGGCCGCUGGUGGCGAGGUGACGUGCGUCAUGGAUGGCUGGAUUCUCCAGAUGAUACAAUCUGAGCGCUGGCGCAAGGCUCAAGAGAAUGGCGAGGGAACUGAGGGCGCGGAGAAGCCUUCACCGUUACUGCGCAUGUUCUCCGACUACGAAAUAUCACAGACCGUCUUCACUUUCCUCUUUGCUUCCCAGGACGCCACCAGCAGCGCUGCCACUUGGCUUUUUCAGGUUACCGCUCAGCGGCCAGAUGUGUUGGAUCGCGUUCGCGAGGAGAACAUGAAGAUUCGCAAGGGUGACCCUGAUGCGGAGAUCAACAUGGAUGAGCUUGAGUCUCUGACUUAUACCCGCGCUGUCGUGCGUGAACUUCUUCGAUAUCGUCCCCCCGUGCUGAUGGUACCCUACAUGGUCAAGAAGGCAUUUCCUAUUACUGAUUCGUAUACUGUUCCCAAGGGCUCCAUGGUUGUUCCUACUACCUACAUGGCUCUGCAUGACCCUGAGGUUUAUGAAAAUCCCGACUACUUCGACCCUGAUCGCUACUACUCUGGAGACGCUGAGGUGAGGGGGGCCAAGAACUACCUGGUGUUCGGCACCGGCCCUCAUUACUGUCUCGGCCAAGUUUAUGCCCAACUCAAUCUUGCACUGAUGAUUGGCAAGGCUUCCGUUCAGAUGAAAUGGACACACCACCCCACGCCCUUGUCUGAAGAGAUCAAGGUGUUUGCUACCAUCUUCCCCAAGGAUGACUGUCCCCUCACCUUUGAGAAGCGCCAAUGGUAA